UGCCUUAACCUAACAUAUGAUCCCUACGAAUUCUCCGUAACAUCCGACAUGCUAAUGAAUGACAACUCUGUGUUUACAAAUACAUUCUCAGCCAAGAAUCCGCCUGCUUCCUGCGUACCAGUGCCCUUGCCCUAUCUGCCAACAACAGUGCACAUGUGUGUGCGCGUGUUCAACAUCUUCACACCUGGCUUCAACCUACACAUGUGUGUUGACUUUGAGGGACGCAUUGCUAAUAAGCCCAUUGUCAUUCUGCAUUUUGACUGUCUCCGUGUUGGGUCGGACGGUUUUGCACUACUCAAGCCAGAGGACGAGGGAGGUCUAAAGCCUCCUACACCUGUCAAUUUGCCAGGAGAUGAUGAGUAUGAUGAGGUCAUCGAAGAGUCACACUUGAUUCAGACAACAGCUGUAACUCAAUAAAAUCUUCUCGGGCGAUCAGCACCGUCAAAUGGUUAAACAAUAAAACGGACGUUUCAGGGACCGUCCCUUUCCCCAUCAACACAUCAGAACCCUGAUGAUGGGGACAGAGAUGGUCCCUGAAACGUCUGUUUUAUUGUUUAACCAUUUUACGUGGCUGACCGCCCGAGAAGAUUUUAUUGGGAUCUUUAAUUUUAUUUAAGAAUAAAAUUGUGACCUUUCUGCAGUUAAUGUAGUUCUGGAUGCUUAACUAUUUAAAACAUUUGCCUUGCCAGUCUUCUUUUAUAUUGCUAACACAUAUCACUGCAAAACUUGUUCCAUUCUGUGACCUUGAAUGUCUGCGAUAAUCUUUGUGUUGUUUUAAAUGUUUUGUAUUAAUUUGAAGAGAAAGUUGGGAGUAGUGAAAGAAACUGAAACUACAAUUGACAGGUGGAAGAGAGAUCGAUUCAUGGCUGUGGAAGUUGCCAGGCAGUGCCCACGCUUAUUCUUCUGAUAAAGGUGGAUAGAAGAGAAGGUAGUAUGAUGAAAAGUGGAGGAAGGAGAGAAAUUGAGCAUGAUCAUACUGCUUUUGUUCCCAAUUUCUAAUUUUGGUAUUAGCCUUGGGGGGGUUUCAUUUGGUGAAAUUUUGUUAUCAUGAGGGGGAUCUACUCUUGGGCAGAAUUUUCAUGAGAGAGCCAUGUGAGAGGUAAUUUGGAAUUUGGGUACCGUGGGCUCUCGGAUCGAAGAAAACCAUGAACAAGUUGGCUGAUCACGGAACCUUCCAGGUGCAUACAGAAUUCUAGCCAGUAGUUCAACAUCCAAAUAUGCAAGCAUUAACACUCCUGUAUGUGCUGUUGCUUUAUUUUAGUUGAAAUUGUUUGCAGAUUUGUUACAGACGUUUAUUGCAUAUAUAUUUACUUUCAAUGAUAAAUGAACAGUUACGUUUGUUGCUCAUCCAUUUUACAAAAAUAUCAUGUCCAUAUGGCAGUUCCUUCAUUUCUUUUACUGUAGAAGGUUGUUUUAGCCUUACGCCCAACCCUAAAGCUGGACGACCACCCCUCGACUGCUUAUUCAGUAUGUUCGCAGAUAACCUCCUUACCGGGAGGCCGUCCCACUAACAUGAAUCUUGCCGACAGAUGGCGCGGCAAUUCACUUAUCUUUACAUUAGUUCAUGCCCUCACUAAUAUAUGGCGCGGCAGGGCUUAUAUCAAUAACUUUGGCCAAAUUUUUAUGGGAAAGUUUUUAUUAAAUGCAAAGUCUAUAUUAAUGGAAGCUACCUUGCAAGUUUUUGACAGAUCUGUCACUAUAUGGCAUAUUUCUCUCAAGUUUCUAGUUUAUUUAUUACUGUUCUGUACAUAUAUGCAUCAUCGUUAUGUUGGUAUUGAUUGUGGAAGUUCAUGCAGACGAAGUUGGCGUACCUGCGUACUUGGUGGGAAAUAUCAAGUAGUUGGUACUUAUAUGUAUGUUAUGUUAUAUAUUUGAAUUAUUUGUUUUAAUUGAUGUUUAUGUGUUAGUGUUUGGCGAAAUUUAUAGGUUUAUGAAAAGCGAAGAAUUGGGUUUGUAUAUAUAGCGCAAUGAAUAAGUCUUUCAGACUAAAGCGUGAACUGGAGUACAUAACAAAAAGUCCACCGCCUGGAAUUUCAUGUGUGCCAAAGGGCGAUUCGCUUGAUGUUCUUGAUGCUAGUAUAGUCGGGAUAAAAGAUACGCCAUAUGAAUCUGGUGUUUUUAAAAUUGAGAUACAAAUUCCAGAAAAAUACCCAUUUGAACCUCCUUGUGCACGUUUCAUAACUCCGGUGUACCAUCCAAAUAUAGAUGUAGCCGGUCGAAUAUGCCUUGAUUUACUACGUCUCCCGCCAAAAGGAACAUGGCGCCCGGUAAUAACACUUAGUGGCUUGCUGACUUCUCUGCAGAUGUUGCUUACACAACCAAAUCCAGAUGAUCCCCUUAUGACAGAAAUUGCCGAUGAGUAUCGUUUCAACAGACCUGAGUACAUCAGGAAGGCUAAAGAAUGUACAAUGAAACAUGCAUUUCAGAGCAUCUGAAAGUGAAACAAAUAGGCGCGGUGCAGUGCAGCGUAUCAUCAUUCUAGCCUUUGUUUAUUGGCCGUGAUUCCAAGCUGAAAGAAGAAUAGAACAGGCUACUAUCUAAAGGGAGCGGAGGAUGUGGUUGAGGAAAGCAGGUGACGAGUUUCUGGUGACCAUGUUGGAGAGCAGUUAAGUAAAAUACAGUGGUGCCUGUUCAAUGAUGAUAUUUGGAGAGGCGAUAGUGGACCUGCCCUUUUGAUUGCAGAAUGGGUGGGAAUUCUAUGAGGUUUGGUUUCAUGAGUCCCUGUUCAAAGUGAUGAAAGCCACAAUCAAUUCAUGAUUGACCACGGAUGAUAUAUGACUUCAGACUGAGAAAAGAGCCCAGGAAAAACAACUUCUCAGUAACAGAAGCCAGAUUCCUGUCAAAUGCACCCAAAACAAAGUUCACAGCCUGACUUUGGAUCACAUUAGUGUAAGAACAACAUAUGUGAUGUAGCACGAAAGAAAACUUUGAAAUGUCAUUAAAAACAUAAAAGUUGUCGCAUUGGUUUAUUCUAUGUUAAACGAAAAGUACAUCAUUAUUUAUUAAAUAGCAUAUAGAUUACAACUGCAGUCAGAAAUAUAAUUGUCAUUGUGGUCUGUACCGGUGAGUGGAUGUCAUCUUACAUGCUUGUUGGCACGAUAUAGUUUUCCAGUAGAUUUAUAAGUGUAGCCUUAUUACAGUCGGAUUCAUCAGAUAUCGUGAUAUCAACAUCCAGAAGAUGAUGGCAAUCUUUCUCUCCAGAUGGUGACUUAUGUUGUGAAUGCUGCUGAGAUAGUAGUUCUUAGCAGCAAAUACACCAGCCAGUGGAUCAAAUAAGGAGCGAAUGCCAUAUCCUUCAUGAUCACUGGACAUAAUCUCCUUUUAUACGGACCUUAUUGUAUCAUCUGGCACGCUGAUCCCAAAUCGCACACUGCUCAGUAGGACAAAUACUCCUAAACUCCGGAGCGGAUACCAACCUCCGAGACACAGAGGCUGACCCAGAUGAGCAGUCAGACAACAUCAUGCUGGACCCUGAGGUGCGAGAGAGCCAUCAGCAGUUCCAGCAUACAUCAGGCAACCAUCUCAAUGAUCCAGACCCUACUCCAAGAAUGUCAAAAUGGCUGCCCAAUGUAUGGAGGUACCGCUGCUUCUACUCCUUGCUGUGGACCGGGCAUGGCACUGUCUGACGUCAGGGUCAGUGAUUGGGUGGCUCUGGGUCGCUCCACUCCAGAAGUCGAGAGCAACAUCCAGGCACUCGUCCAUGCGCGUGUGGUUAGUGACGUGGGGUCAGUAUGCCAGAAAGGUCAUCCAUUCCCAUGGGGGGGGGAUAAUACCAAACCAUCUGAA